GAGCGGAGAGACGGGGAGAGGCGGUGGCCGAUGGGGGGGAGAGCGGAGGGGGGUGAGGCUGGUGGUCGCUGCCGAGGCGCUCGAAAGCCAGCUGCUGUCCUGCCUUCCCGAAAGCUAGCACCAUGACCCUUACCAAAGGUUCCUUCACCUAUUCCAGCGGAGAGGAAUAUCGUGGGGAGUGGAAGGAAGGGCGUCGGCACGGUGUUGGGCAGUUGACAUUUGCUGAUGGCAGCGUUUACCUGGGACACUUUGAGAAUGGUCUCUUCAAUGGCUGUGGGGUGCUCACUUUUGCAGAUGGCUCCAGGUACGAGGGAGAGUUUGUCCAGGGAAAGUUCAAUGGUGUUGGAGUCUUCACUCGCUAUGACAACAUGAUCUUUGAAGGAGAAUUCAAGAGUGGACGUGUCGACGGCUUUGGACUUCUAACUUUCCCUGAUGGCUCCCAUGGAAUCCCCCGCAAUGAAGGCUUUUUUGAGAACAACAAGCUCUUGCGACGGGAGAAGUGCCAGGCAGUGGUUCAGCGGGCGCAGAGUGCCUCCAAAUUGGCACAUGGCCUCACAGCAUGAUGGGGCAAA